AUGCUGCACACGCUGGCUGCGGCGCCGCGGGCGCCCAGCCUGAAGCCUUUUCUGGAGUACGUCGAGCUGGAGAGCCGCAACCUGAAGGACGAGUGCCCCAGCGCGGUGGCGCCCGACGGCGCCCUGCUGGAGUACGAAACGUUGGAGCUGAGGGUGCACCCGCCCAACGUGGAGAUUGACAACGAGGGGGACGAGGGCGCGACGAUCGUGACCGUGGACAGCGUAAACCGGCCGGGAACGCUCGUCCAGUUGGUUCAGUGCCUCACCGGCCUGGGACUCCGCAUCAGUCAGGCCAGAAUAUCGUCGGACAGAGGGUGGUUCGUCGACGACUUUCAUGUCACGGACGCGGACGGAGGGAAGGUGACGGACGAGCGGAAGCUGAGCGCGAUUCGGAAGGUACUCACCGUGGAGCGCGCCCCGCUGGCGGAGGCGGAUUCUGCAGUCCUGGAGCUUGCUGGUGAGGACUGCCCAGGCUUGCUGGCAGAUGUGCACAUGUUGCUGGCACAGAGUGGCUUCGAUGUCCAGUCGGCUGCGGUGUGGACUCACAAACAGAAGGUGGGCUUUGCCAUGAGUGUCUCACAAGCUGGAAAGCCUGUGGACUAUGCAAAGCUGGAGACAGUUCGGCAAGUCCUGCUCACCAUGCUGGGAGGCCAUGGGCAGGGGGUUGCGCUGGUGCACAGGGUUCGUGGCAGCGUUCAUCUUGAGCGCAAGCUCCACGUCCUGCUCCUUGAGGAGGAGCGCAAGCGCCUGUGCCUCAGCCAAGGCUGUUCAGGCGUCUACAAGCCUGCACCCCCCUCCCCCAGGCCUGUUCCUGGCAUGGGCAUGCGGCUGCCCCACAGGUCCCCAAAACACUCCUACCCAGAAGUCACCAUCAAGGCGAUGCCUCGCCUCGGCUACUGGCUGGUGAAGGUCGUGUGUGGGGACCGCGACAAGCUCCUGUUCGACAUCGCCUGCACCCUGGCAGACAUGGACUACGAUGUGUACCAUGGAUCAGUGGACUGCGGCAGCGAUGGACGCACAGCAUAUCUGGAGUUCUACAUAAGGCCAAGGUUUCAGGAGGUGGAGUGGGAUGAGGCACGGGUGGAGAUCCUGAAAUACCUUCUGGAGACAGCCAUUCAGAGGCGGUUUCCAAGGGGACUAAAGGUGCAUGUGCAGCCGCAGGCAAGCCAGGGGUCGCUAGGGGCGUUCAUGCAGGCAGUCAAGGAGGGGGACCUGUGCGUAACAAGGGCCAAAGUGAGACGCCAGGUACCUGGCAGGGCCCCAGGACACACGUUCUACUUGCUGGCAGCGGAUGGCUCGAUGCCGUGCCCAAGCCAGGUCCAAGCCGCCUGCUGCAGGCUUGGCGGAGAGCUGGUUUUGGAGAGGGGGGUGGACGGAGGGUCGUCAGACGAGAGCGUUGGCGGUGCACACCGCGAGGAGCGCAAUUUCUGUUACUCUUUUCAGGAAAGGCAGCGAAGUCAAGAAUGGGAAGAUAACAGUUCAAGCAGCACCGCGAGCACCGCGAGCAUCUCACUGUAG